CCUCUUCCCAUCAGACUUGCGACGUGGAGACCUGUAUGCGUGAACAAUAAAAAGCUUCAUCGAAGAUCCUCUUCUUUUCUUUUUCCCUUUUCUUCAUUCCCUUUUGCUGUGGACUUUCUUCUCAACGGCAAUGAAUACCCUAUCAUGUCUUGCGUUGUCGAUUUUUCUUCUUUUCAUUAUCUUCACCAGAUACCGAAAGAAUCUUUCGUCGUUAUGGCGCACAAAACAUGCCCAAGAACCGGGUUGCAACGAUCUCAAGAAAAUGGCUCCUUAUCCGGCCCAGCCCAUCAAGGGCAGGGAGAGGUAUCGAGUCAUGAUGGACGUUCGAAAAUUGGACGUGGAGAACUGGCUCACCGUUGACAAGAACUAUAUGGACGAGCACGAAGUUAGAAGCCAAUUGCUGGAGACAGAGAAGAGCAAGGUCCUCCAAUGCCUCCCCGAGUCAUACGAUGCAUGUUUAGAGGCAUUGGAGGAGGUAGUUGAAUUCCUCUGCCAGCGAUUCUCCAAUGUGUUCGAACAGAAAAAGUGCGGCGAUGAAACGACUGUGCACAACAAGAUGACUGGAGAGACAUUUUGCUUUGGAGGGAAGAACAAAGACGUCGAUCCUCUAGAAAUCGCCGUCAGACUGACGAUGGAGGACCUGAGUAUUCUGAUGAAAAACGAGGAGGACGAGUACUAUCUCGCCGCCAGCGCAAGCCUUUUCCCCGUUGGCUGGACAGUUCAAGACCGCAUUGGGUGGACCAUCUCCAAGCUUCACAACCCGGUACCACUGUGGCAUCAGCAGGUUGCCAACUCAGUCAGCAAAUUCUUGGCUCGGCUCACACCGGCAUCGCCCAUGGAAAGGUCAAACUACUUCGUCGAAGUGAAGCGGCCCGAUGAAGAUUUAUUUGAGAUCCUCUAUCGACCAACUUCUCUAUCUGAGGAGAAUCCGGAUCCAACGCCGCAAGAUAUUGUCAUUCGUCGCGAGCGGCAAACUUUCCGUCGACUCCCUCGUACCGGAGCACUCGUCUUUGGUGUGAAAACCAUCUUGACAACUCUGGACGAGCUGCCGAUGCAGGAACUGCAAAACCUUGCCAAAGAGAUUAAGAGCUGGCCAGAGUAUGUGGGUGAAUACAAGGGAAGAGAGGUCUGGGGCCCUAAGGCUCUGGAGUACUGUGAAAAGAAAAGCCGAAUGUAUCAACAAGACCCUGAAAAGAUGAUGGUGUAAUGGUUGAAGACUAAUGAGGUAGGGAAGGAGGGAAGAAGGGGAAGGCGGCGAAAAAGACGCCAUCGCAUGGGAGGCUUUCUGUUGCAUUUUUUGCGUUUUGCAUCGCUUCUUGCAUUGGGCCAUCAAACGGAUGGGCGGCUGUCUGAUUUGAAAAGUCUCCGGUCAAAGCAUUGUUUCUUUAUUGUCUGUAUUAUUCUGCAUUUUCAUGAUACCGUUGACGAUCUGCAUGACUUGAGCAAUCUUGUUGAUAUAUUAUAGUUGUUCGCCUGGGAGACUUCAGACCAGCCCAGAAUGCACACG